AUGCAUCACAGAGCACGGAGCACAGAAGGUCCGCCGUGCAUGACGGUCGCGCAGACCACAGCCGUCGGGAACGUCCCGCCAGACGCUACCAUGCCUCAUCAUGCAUCAUCGCCCUCGAUGCGCAGUGUACGGCGUACGCCGCACGCCGCACGCCGGGCUGCGCCGCAUCGCCAUCGCUCGUCCGUCUCUGCUCGACGGCCGCGCCCGAGAUGCUGUUCCGGGGGUCGAGCGGCUGCCCGUCGUCGAUAUUUUCGAUGCGCAGAUGAUGGCUCAGUAGAUCCCGCCAGGGUCCUUCGAGGCGCUGAUCACCCAGACCCUUGA